AAGUGAACUUCAGUAGCGUAUCGAAACGAAGACCAGGACUUUCUUAUUAGAGUAAUCGUUAAUACGGAUGAACGGAGGAACAUGUUCCAGUGGUGAUCACUGUCCUUUCGUAUAAAGAAUGUAAUAACCAUUGUUCGGUGCUCUACCUCCGCGGUUUCAGCGGAUGGAAUGAGUAUGGGGCAUGAAGACUUGUAAGCACAGGUCCGUAUUCAUUACGAUCCAACGGUCUCGGAAAGCGAUUGUGUGUACAGCCGUGAAGAAGAAGAAGGGGCUUUUCAUGUUCAGUGAGCUCACGCACGUCGAAGAACACUCGUCGGAAACGGUGCGAUCCGGAAAACCUUUCACGUCCAAAAAUGGCGUUUUUCAUAUAGUUUAAAGUGCAUUCUUGACUUGGCAACGAGCGAAGCGGUCUUUUUGAAAAAAGUCGUAUGAACGAGGACCGGUGUUGAGGAACGGUUUCCCGAGAUCCCGCAGUCAGGAGCUUCACAACGACGAAAAAUGGAAUCAUCCGAGCAAUUGCGACCAGAGGAAUUGGUAGGUCUGAUGGCCCGGUCUGCCGAGGGCACGGCCGCGAAGGGAAUGCCCAUCAAAGGACACGAGGAUCUGUGGGUGGAGAUUCAAGCGAACACAUUUCGAAAUUGGGUGAACGAGCAUUUAAAGCACGCCGUCGAUGUUGCGAACGGUCCCGUGAUCGAUCUCGUCGAAGAUUUUCGGGACGGUACACGAUUAUGCGCUCUCGUCGAGGUGCUCACCAAACGACGUCUGCCCCGAUGGAAUCCCAGGCCUGCGAAUCAGCAUCAUCAUUUGGAAAAUGUUUCAACGGCUCUUCAGGCCAUCGAAGCUGACGGCGUAAAACUCGUCAACAUCGGUAACGUGGAUAUCGUCAAUGGAAACUUGAAAUUGAUCCUUGGUCUGAUAUGGUCACUCAUUGUGAGAUACCAAAUAGGCAAGUCUAAGUUCCCUCCAAGGAAACUUAUGCUCGCAUGGCUCAAGGCCGUUUUGCCGGAGUGUAGAGUGAAUAACUUCACCACUGACUGGAAUUCCGGCGUUUACCUAAGCGCGUUACUCGAUUACUGCCAGCCAGGUCUGUUCCCUCACUGGCGACGGCUCAAUCCCAACGAUAGCGUGUACAAUUGUCGAAAAGCUAUGGAGAUCUCCAAACGUGAAUUCGACAUACCUAUAGUGUUGGAACCUGAAUACCUUGCGUCACCAUAUUUGGACGAACUAUCGGGAAUGACCUACUUAUCGUACUUCAUGAAGGAAGGCUCACCGGGUUUUCACUCGACGUUACGAUGGGUUAACUCGCAAUUACCUCAUCAUCCAGUACAAAACUUUACGACCGAUUGGAAUGACGGGAGAGUUUUAUGCAGUAUCGUCAGGAAUUUGGGCGGACCUGCCCCGGCUUACGAGAAGAUCGACACGGACUCUUCAGCGUGGGAGCAUAAUAUCCAAAUGGGUAUCGACGGGGCUAAGAAACUGGGCGUAGAGCCUCUCCUGAAGGCGAGAGACAUGGCAGAUCAAAAUGUGGAACAUCUGGGCGUAAUGGCAUACGCGGCGCACUUUCAAUGGGUGAAGCCUCGCCCUCAAGCGAGCAAACAGAUUGCUGUACACAUCGACAGCACUUCCGCUAGAGUGCAACAGCCGGCGCAUUUCAGAUUAGAAAUUCUUACCAAAGAAGUAAAUACCAGGGAAGUACGUGGCGAGGUCGUAAGUCCGAGCGGACGAGUAGAGUGUAGGCUGACGUGGAACGGUCUUCACGGAAAGGGAACGUUCGUACCUACGGAAGUUGGAAUGCAUAAGUUAAAGGUAUAUAACGACGGAGAGUUAGUAGACGGAUGUCCCUAUUAUUUCAGAGUUUUACCUCCUUUAACCAAAAUUAAAUCACCUGGUAUGGAUCCGUGUGCUAUUGGAUCUGUCGUCGAAGUUCUAGUCAACAGUUACGGAACUAGUCAUGAUGGCAUUGAUGUAACUGCACGGUCUCCAACUGGGAGAUCUCUGCCGUGUCCAGUCAAGGAAAACGAUGGAGUGCACACCGCGACCUUUCAACCCGACGAAACGGGAGAGUGGACAAUUGCGAUAACGCACAAAGGAAAUCACAUACAAGGCGGACCGUUCACGUGCUUCGUAUUUGAUCCAAACGGGAUAAAGCUGUUGGACACGGAAGGUGCUCUACCCGGGGAGUCGUUCUCAUUCAUCGUCGAUGCAGCCGGAACCGGAGGUCUUGGCGAUGUAAUAAUAGACUUAGUGCACGAUAAGCAAUCCAUACCCUUCCGAAUGGAAGACUUCGGAAAUAUGCAAUACCGAAUUACGUUUCUUCCGGCUGAUUCUGGAAAGUAUAGAGUUUACGUGUAUUUUAAUGGUUCCGAUGUUCGCGGCUCCCCAUUUUCUAUCCGAGUGGGAACGCAGAGGGGGUCGAGAAGAUCGAAAGAGUCCAGCCUCGACAGAUCGAAGUUAUCUUCGUUAGAAAGGCGAAUGAAUGGACUGAACGUGUCGGGUGGAAUUGAACGUUCGAGUUCCAUCCAACAGAAGACCUAUUCUUCCACGAAUAAAUUAUCGAGUCCAACGCACGUGCGCGAAUACUCUCCCGUGCAGCAGACUGCCUCCGCUUAUAAAACGUCGAACAAUUAUUCGAUGGAGAACUCGAGCUCGACUUAUCAUACGACUACUUCUUUCAAUCACGCUCGAUCCCCGAAUCAUAGUCACAGUCCUGUCUCGCGAAAUCUCCAUAGUCCAUCGAUGGUUAAAGACACGAAAGAAAUUUAUUCUACUACCGUUACACACAAUCAAUCAAGAUCCCCGACCGUGCAGAGCCCUAGCUUUACGAAGGAAUCGAAGGAUGUUUAUAUAUCUAACGCGACGAGCAGAUCCCUUUCUCCAAACUCAAGUCCAACUGCACACGUUCCACGAUAUUCACCGAUUAUCAAGGAGUCUCGAGAAAUUUAUAGCUCUGGGUCGCUAAAGAGAUCUCGGUCGCCGAAUCGGAGCCCAAUGAUGUACCGUAGCGCGACUCAAAGUCCUAUUAACAGGAACUUCAGUCCAAGAAGCGACAAAGACAGCGGCUACAACAGGAAAGACACCACGGACAAUGGAAUCGUUGACACGAGCAGCAACGUGAGGGUAUCGUCGAUGGUCGGCGGCUCCUCUAGACGCGAUUCAUGGGAUGCUAUAGAAAAAACCAAAUCUCUGUUGUCCUACGACAGUUUAGAAUCCCUUGCCAAUCUAGCGAACAGCUCUGCCGCCGAGAAUAAAACAAAUUCGAGUUAUUUCAAUAACAAUUAUAAGAAUACUCAGAGUUACGGUUCGAAGAAUGUUUCGCACACUCAUAACAUAACGAAACUUUCAAGCUCGGAAUACAGCACAUCUCAAAAGUACAAUGAGAAUCCUAAUACUCGGCCGCAAACGCAUGGCAUCCUUAAAAAUAAGAAUAAUAAUUAUUACAAAACCGUUGAUAUCGCGGACGAAGCGCAUGAUCAAUAUUCCAAUAACGGAAUCCAGAAUUCGUCGAUGCAGGCCAAGAAUUACGAACUCGUGAGCGGAAACGCGCUCGAAAUUUUACCGAUUCAUAAGCCGGCUACUUUUACCGUAGAUCCAACUGUAGAUCCCAAUAAAGUUACCGUUACCAUUUCUGGCCCUAGUGGUAAAGUAAUCCCUGUACAAAAAUCGACACUCCGAGGAUUAACGUACACGAUAGUCGCCGAAGAAGUUGGCGAACAUGUCAUACAAAUUUUAGUAAACGGACAGCACAUACAGGGUUCUCCGUUUAGAUCACAGGCAUACAAUGCUCGCGCUAUUCAAGUUGGGAACAUUCCGAAUGGCAUUGUUAAUCAACCCGUAGAAUUUGAAAUUGACGGAUCGAAAGCCGGAUCUGGAAAUCUAGAGAUUCUCGUGAAUGGCGGUCACGUAACUAGUUUCGUCAGGGCACUGGGUAGUCAACGAUUUCUGGCAUCGUUCGUACCCCACGAAGCUGUUGUACACGUCGUAGAAAUGACAUUCAACGGCGAAGUCGUCCCCGGGUCACCCUGGCAUGUGGGCAUCAUGCCGGCCCCAAAGAUGUCAGUAAUCGGGGACUCGAUGAGAUUAGUGCCCGCUGGUAGUUCGGCAAUUUUCGAACUGUCUGCCCUUGGAUUUAACAGCAAUGAAAUCGAUGUCCAAAUCAUAACACCUUCUAAGAGGCAUAUACCAGCGAGGAUCGAUGAAGAGCCAGGGAGGCCAGGGGAGUUCCGCGUUGAAUUCACUCCGAUAGAGGUGGGCAGUCAUCUCGUCGAAGUAACCAUCGCGGGACAAAAGCUACCGGCAGGACCGUUGGUGGCCAAGGUGUACAACAGCAGUUUAAUCCAAGUCACUGACAUACCCAGUGCUGUAGUGGGACAUGCCUGCCAGUUCAGAGUCGAUGCCAGUGCUGCUGGAGAAGGACAACUUGAAAUAUCUAUUAACGAAGGAGAAGUGCCUAAUCACGUUCAAGUAGUAGGAGGAGGCCGGUGCCUGGUGUCUUUUACACCGGAGAUCGCUAAGCCACAUUACAUCGAUAUCAAAUUCAAUGGGGAGGCAGUGAAAGGAUGUCCCUUCAUUUGUAACGUCUCCGACACCAGUCGAGUGACAUUAAGUUUAAAUCACUUGGAACUGAUUCCAGUGGACCAGCCUGCCACUUUUCAUAUGAGAGUCGACGGUAGUGGAAGUGCAGAACUCGCUGUCUCUGUGCGAGGGCCGAAUAGCGAAUUGCCUGUGAAAGUAACUGGAGAUAUAAAAAGCGGUUUUACCGCGGAAUUUAUCCCGAGAGACGUCGGCGUUCACUCUGUCAGCGUCGAGUACAACGGUCAUCCCGUGAACGGAACACCGUUUCUGGCUAAAGCGUUCAACGCGGACAAAGUGUUGAUCGGUCCAGUGGCUAGAUCUAGCGUCGGCCAGCCAACACACUUCACCGUUGAUGCGAGUCAAGCUGGCGAGGGAAAUUUAGAAAUCACGAUAUCGGCUCACAAUCAGAAUAUACCUACUCAGGUCACUCCACAAGGAAAUGCACGUUUCUCGGUUAGCUUCGUACCGUUCGAAGCGUGCGAACACAUAAUCAAUAUAGCGUUCAAUAAACGGACAGUGCCAGGCUGCCCGAUCGUGACUCGGGUAGGUGGUGAUAGCCAUGUAACAGUGAGCGGGCAGGCAUUGAGCAGUGCUGGAUUAGGACGACAAAGUUUUCUUACCGUCAGCAAUGUUGCCGGUAGCUUAGAAGAUUUAGAAGUUAAUGUUGAAGGACCCAACGGACAGGCCGUACCAGCUCAAGUCACAGACAACAAAGAUACAACGUGCACCGUGGCGUUUACGCCGCGAGUAGUUGGGGAACAUAGAAUUUCAGUAAGCCAUCGGAAUGUUCCCGUAAUCGGUAGCCCGUUCAGCUGCAAAGUGUACGACGUGACCGCCAUCAAAGUGAAGGCUGCUAAACACGGGGUCAUUGGAAUACCCGUAACUUUCUUAGUCGAAACCAGCCAGGCAGGCGCGGGGAAUUUGCACGUGACGGUGAACGGUGGUCGCGUGCCUACGUCUGCUCAAGCUCAAGGCCCGCACACGUACGCGAUAUCGUUCACACCGCGGGAGGCAAUUGCGCAUACGGUGGACUUGAGGUUUAACGGGGAAGAUGUGCCUGGUAGUCCCUUUACGUGUCAGGUGAGCGAUACAGCUAAAGUGGUGAUAACGGAAGGACUGGAGAAAGUGUCCGUGAACCGUCUGACGACAUUCACGAUAGAGGCAGAUCCGUCCUUAGGGACUCCGACCGUAGAAGUUCUCUCCCCGACAAGAGUGAGUUUGCCGGUUCAUGUUAAACCGAGUGGACAAGGGUCUUACACCGCAGGAUUCACACCAAAAGACGUUGGUGAUCACAGUGUUGAGGUAAAGAUAAAUGGAUCACACGUCGAAGGUAGUCCGUUCUUGGUGAAAGCUUAUAACGCCGACAAAGUAAAAGUGACAGAUAUAAAUAGCGGUGUCGUCGGCAAACCAGUCUUUUUUAGCAUCAAUGCUAGUCAAGCGGGUGCUGGUAAUCUCGAGAUUAUUGUAACCGUGAAUGGGAAAAACGUGCCGUAUUAUGUACAGAGUGAAGGGAAUGCGAAGUUUCGAGUUAAUUUCAAACCGCAAGAAGCUGCUGUGCAUAGUCUCAGCGUUCGUUUCAACGGAGAACCCGUUCCUGGUUCACCGUUCACCUGUAAGAUAGUUGGCGCAGGUCAAGCCGUGGUCACGGGUCACAGUUUAAAAAUGGGAGCCGUCAAGCAGUUGAUGUCUUUCGUUGUGGACCCGCAGGGUCCGUCGACGAACUGCGACGUGAUCGUAACACCGCCGUCAAAUAUAUCUCUUCCCAUUACGAUAGAACCAAUAGACGGAAAAUACAACAUCAGCUUUGUAUCUACCGAAGUGGGUAGACAUAAUAUCAGUGUACUAGUCGACGGUGAACACGUGAAAGGCUCUCCAUUUGCUUGCAACAUAUACGAUGUUACAAAGGUUCAUGUGUCGGGCCUUACGGAAGCUUUCUUAGGUCAAGCUACGACGUUUACCGUCGAUGCCGCAGAAGCUGGCGAGGGUACAUUGGAGUUAGUAGUUAGCACGGAGAACAAUACAGUUAAAGCCGAAGUUGUUGCUUGCGCACGGGGAUUAUACGAUGUAACGUUCGUCCCCCAAACUACCAGUACUCAUUAUGUUAAUAUUAGUUUUAAUGACGACAACGUACCAGGGAGUCCGUUCAAGUGUCCAGUUGUCAGUACAAUGUUAGACGGGCCGUCCAUGAUUCGCGUAGGGAACACGGCGUAUAUGGACUUGGAAAUGCCAGGCUUGGAAGGACCUGUAUCUGCCGAGAUCACAGGUCCCGAUGGGAUCAUCAUCCCUUGUACAUUGACCAAGUUAUCGCCUAAUCUGUAUCGAGUAGAGAUUCGAACGCGACAAGUUGGAACUUACAGUGUGACGUUCAGCGAUGGUCAUAAGAUAAUCAGUUCUCAAACGCUUCAAGCUUUCGAUCCUGGGAAAGUAACGAUUAAAGAAAUAUCGGAUGUAGUUUGUCAUCGACCAGGAUCCAUUACAGUGAUCGCGUCUAAGGAUGCCGGACCUGGGAAGCUGACUUCGAACGUGCGCGCAGCUGGAUCCGAUGUCGACAGCGUUGUCAGAGAGGGGGAGAACGGGCACUACGAAAUCAUAUUUCAUCCCACGCGAGCAGCUCCUCAUAAAGUUCACAUCAAAUAUAACGAAGUUCAUAUAUCAGGAAGUCCUCUGGACGUGACUGUUCGUAGUCCCACAGGUGGGAGAGAAGUAACAGCGACUGGAUUAGGGCUGUACCAAUCGUGCGUUGGCAAGGUAACUUCGUUCACCAUCGAAACUUUAGGUCGGCCUGGGAAGGAAUUCGACGUUGUGAUCAGCGGGCCGCAAGGUAACGCGGUUCCAGUUCGAUGUUAUCAGCAUCGGGAUGGAAACUUGCUCGCUGAGUUUACAACGAAUACUGUCGGGACUUAUAAGAUCGAUGUCUUACAAGGCACGAAACCAGUGUUGGGUUCACCUUUUUUCUGCCAAGCUUUUGACGUUUCUAAAGUGAAAGUACAAGAACUGGGUCCGAUGACAGUAUCCGUCCACGAUCACAUCGCCUUUAAAGUAAUAAAGGCGGAUGCUGGAAUAGCCGAUUUAGACGUAGUAGCAACGAGUCCGUUGGGCCAAGAACUUCCGUUACAAGUCACGCCGCUUAACGACGGUGCUGAAAUGGUGGAAUUUUCUCCUAGCGUGCCUGGCACAUAUAUGAUCAACAUCACGUAUGGCGGAUAUCCUAUACCCGGUAGUCCACUGAUGUGUGCAGUUGACGCAACUGGCCAAGCUCGCGCGAAGGGAGAAGGCUUGUUAAACGGUCAUGUAGAUAAAACAGCACAUUUCAUCGUUACUGGUACGAGAAGCCCUCCGGCAGUGCAGGUGGAUGGUCCAGACAGUGUUUCAAAAGCGAUUAUCGAAGCUGGGGCUAAUCCAGGAACUUGGAACGUUUCUUAUGUGCCAACAGAAGUCGGAGUGUUCGACAUCAGAGUCGUCUCCGCUGGUCAACAGCUUCCGGGAUCUCCGUGGCAUCCGAAAAUUAUAGACACGCGGAAUCUUCGCGUGAUCGGGGGUUGGUCGGCCGUUUGUGACGACCACGGCCGAUUGAAGAUACAUCCUUCGAAUAAAAUCAGUUUCGAUACUGCCGAAGCAGGACCUGGCGAACUCUCCGGGAAAAUAGGAGAUCACAAACUGUCCUUUGAAAUGACUUCGAAUAAUAGACUGAAACUUAUCCCGCCCCAAUUGAACGGCGGAGAAUAUCGUUUAGAAAUCUUUUUCAAUGGAAUACCAUUCCCAGGUGCUCCGAAGCUGGCGGUUAUUCAGGACUCAGAGGCACCUGUUCAAGACACGAGCCGUGUCUUGCUCAGAGGAAGAGGAUUAACGUCAGCUAAAUGCGGAGAAGAAGUUAGUUUCACGAUAGAUGGUUCUCAAGCUGGCGCGGGAACGCCGAAGGUUCAACUGUUCUCACCGACCAGCGAACUGAACGUAAAUUUGCAACAUUUGGGGGACAGUGUCUAUCGAGCAAGUUAUAUUCCGUUAACACCCGAUCCUCUGUUAAUGACGGUGUCUUGGAACGGAAGGCAGUUGAAAGGGUGUCCUUUGCAAAUAAGCGUAACGAGCGUGGCCGACGCGUCGCGAGUUAUUUGUUCCGGAGAUGGACUGAAGCACGGUAUAGUGGGACAAGAAAUACGAAGUUUCAUCGACACAAGACGAGCGGGUCCUGGUGAAUUGACGGCACAUUGUGUCGGCCCUCACAAAGUAGCGUACUGUGAAUUGUACGAUCACGGUGAUGCGACUUUCACGUUAAACGUGAAGCCUCAGGAGGCUGGGCGACAUGCAUUAACGAUUAAAUACGCUGGAGAACACGUCCCAGGCUCUCCGUUCACGUUACGCGUGUCCGGAGCUCCGGAUGCAUCGAAGGUUCGCGUUUAUGGACCGGGAAUCGAACACGGGGUCUUGGCGACGUUUCAGUCGCGGUUCAUUUGCGAUACUCGCGGUGCCGGGGCUGGCCAGUUAACGGUGAGAGUACGCGGGCCCAAGGGAGCGUUUAGGGUCGAAAUGCAAAGAGAAACUCAGAAGGAUCGCAUAAUACUUUGUCGGUACGAUCCAACGGAGCCAGGCGAUUACAGAGUCGAAAUUCGUUGGGCAGGCGUUCAUGUACCUGGUUCUCCAUUCCCUGUUAAAAUCGUCGACACGCAAGAUGAACUGCUGAUGUUAACGCAGAGUGGGGACAAUUAUUCAACGGGACAUCACACCAUCGCUUCGUGGCGUGGAUCACAAGCUAUAUUAUAAGAUCAUCGAAUAUAAAGAUUGUUGCUAUUUUUUAUGGGCUAAUAUAUUUUCAUAAUAUAUAACGACAUUAUAACUUA